GCCGUGGCGGGGUCACGUGGUGCCGCCGCCGUUCCUCUCCCCCCUCAUCCCGCGGGCGGCGGGAGCCGCGUCCUUCAGGCGGUACCGGAGCGGCGGGAAUGGUGCGGGCAAUGGGGGCGGCAGCUCCUCCGCCUCCGCCCUGAGAGCAGCAACAGCGGCAGCGGCGGUGGGGGUGUUGUGGCAGCAGCGGGACCCAGCAUGCGGCGGGGCCAGGCCAGUUUUGAGGAAGACGGCCAGACACAACCUGUUGUGGGGCACUGGAAGACACUAAUGCCAUCCAAAGGCAGCAGGGAGGAGCCAGAACCUGGAUGCCAAGAUGCUGGAGGUGUGGAUGAGACCCAGGCCACUGAGCAGCUCAAUGUGUCACGUCUCCGGAGCUCCUCAGUGGAGAUCCGUGAAAAGGGCUCUGAAUUCCUGAAGGAAGAGCUGCAGAAAGCACAGAAGGAGCUGAAGCUGAAGGACAAAGAAUGUGAGAGGUUGUCAAAAGUCAGAGAACAACUGGAGCAGGAACUAGAGGAGUUAACAGCUAGCCUGUUUGAGGAAGCCCACAAGAUGGUGAGAGAAGCAAACACUAAGCAGGCAGCAUCAGAGAAACAGCUGAAGGAGGCACGAGGGAAGAUUGACAUGCUGCAGGCAGAGGUGACAGCUCUGAAGACUCUGGUGAUCACCUCCACACCUUCCUCUCCCAACCGGGAGCUGCACCCUCAGCUCCAGAGCCCUUCCAAAGCUGUCUUCAGGAAGGGCCAUGGGCGAAACAAGAGCACCAGCAGUGCCAUGGUCUCAGCUGCCAGCCAGAAUGUGACACCAGAACCAGUCAGUCGGGAGUGCAAAGAGUCGGGGUUACCCACUCUCCUCUCUCUGCUCCUUUGUAUCCUCCCUGGGAAGGCCAUCCACAUCACCUAUGAACCCAGCUGGCAGGCCUUGGGGGCUGAUGCUUCCUCAACCUUGCAGCAGGUCGACUCCAUUUUAUUUUCUGAGUUCCAGGCCUGGAAGGAAUCUCCCACUCUGGAUAAAUCCUGCUCCUUUCUGGACAGAAUUUAUCGAGAAGAUGUAGGACCUUGUCUGGACUUCACUAAGCAGGAGCUGUCAGAGCUGGUGCGAGUGGCUGUGGAGCAGAACACACUCACCAUUGAACCUGUGGCUUCCCAAACACUGCCUGUGGUGAAGGUGUCAGCAGAAGAGUGUGGUGGGCCAAAGAAAUGUGCUCUGAGUGGCCUCCCCAGGACCUGCAAGCACCGAAUCAUGCUGGGGGAUUCUGGGAAUUACUACUACAUCUCACCAUCCUGCAGGGCCAGGAUCACAGCAGUGUGCAACUUCUUCACAUACAUUCGCUACAUCCAGCAGGGCUUGGUGAGGCAGGAUGUGGAGCUGAUGUACUGGGAGGUCAUGCGGCUCAGGAGGGAGAUGUCUCUGGCCAAACUUGGGUUUUAUCCCAGUGAGAUGUAAGCAGAGGGUUGAACAUGGAAGGAAACUGCUCCUGUAUGAACAGCUUGUCAGAUGGAGUCUGCCAGACAGAUGAAAGCAGUGCCUCUCCUGAGGUGGGCCUUCCCCACCCUCCUUCUGCCUGCAGCUGAUCAAGCAGUGAGAAGCACAAGUUCCACCUUCAGCUGUCCCACUUCUCCAACUGUGACUGGAAUGCAGCUGCCAAGUCACCCCCUCAGAGCUGGGCUGGCCCUGGCUGCUCUGGGAUGGCCAUCUGUAGACUGUCCUCUAUGGAGUCUCCUAUAUGCAGUGUAUAUCCAUUUAAAAAAAAAACUUUUUUUUUUUUUUAUAUAUACAAUCUGCUUUGGCAUAAUCUGAGGCCAAUCCUGUGCAGGGCAGGACUCUUGGACCUUUGUAAGCAAGUCUUUCAGGACAGAUGCUGGCUGUCUGUCCAUCUCUUGGUGGAGGGUGCUGUGCCCCAGGUCCUCCUGACCACUCCCUGCAAAUGCCAGCAGCACACAAUAAUCUUAUGGAGAGCCAUGAACAGCCUGUGUCCAAGUACUUCCUUGCUCCUUUUAAAGGAAGCCUGCAAAAGAAGCUUCCUGCCAACUGAGUCACAAAGAGGGAUUUGUUUCUGUUUUUAGCUUGCAGCUUGGCACUGGGUAAUCCAGGCUAGGGGAACAGCCAGAGCAGAGCUGGAGUUGUGCACCUGGGACCUUCAGCAGAAGAAGGCAAGCAGGAAAAUUGCAUAGCUCACAGCUGGCCACAGCUUGGCUGCAGUCUGCAGGAUUUCUUCUCAUCUAGAGGAUCUGUUGCAGUUGUCACAGGCAGAUGUGGACCUUGACAGGUGGUGGGUGCCCUGUGGCAUUCCUUGGUGGAGAAGUUCCCCCGUGGUGCUCUUAGAUACAAACCUCACUCACAAACAGAUGCCUUUGGGCUGUUCCUGUUCUCAGGGUAGCUUUGGACAGUAGUUCCCACUGUUAGAGAUGGAAACCAUAGUCCCAGGUUGGGUUCUUUGUGUCACCAGAACAAGCAUGGCCAAGCUGAGAACAGUCUUGAUGCCCUGAUAUUUCCUCCCAGUAUUUCAUCAGACCGAGAGAUGGAUGUCUGCUGGGAACACUGCCUUCUCCUGGCCUCCUGUCACCAACAAGGAGAUUUGAGACAUCUUUCUGUCCAUGUGAGAGAGGUGGCUGCAGUUCCUGUUUGCCUCAGAUGAGCAUGGAAGGGUUUCACUAAUGCUGAGGAAAGCAGAAGUCUCCUCGAGUGUAACUCAGGCUGUGUCUAGAGAGCUGCUAAAGCCAUGACAGUGUUUUGUAGCCAAUUUAGCCUUUUUUUUCAGUGACUGUGGAAUCAGCUCAGCCACCAUGUAUCCUGGAGGUUUCAUCUCACAUUGGCACUUCUGCACUCUUUACUGGGAUGUCACCCUGUCCCUCUGCCAUCAGCAGCUCCCAUCUUCUCAAGUUGGUGCCCAGAACCAAAUCACCAUCCUCAGCUCCAUAAAGUUUCAUCCUCACAGUAGGAAUUCUGUGUCUUCAGUGGAAGAAACUUAACUGAGCUGUUGUAGUGUUGUCCAGGAGAGGGAGGAAUAGAUGGGGAAGACAAAAGUCUUUUUGUUUGGAAUCUAAUACAAGGACAACUUCACAGCAGAUCUCAGAACCUUCUGUGGAAGAUCCCAAUGAGCACAAAGCUUUCCUCUUGCUGACCACACUCACAAUAAGCUGCAGAGCUGCUCCUCAGGGGACACCUCUCCUUGUAGUAUUGUUUGCCAAGGUUUAGUAACUAUGUGAAACCUGAGUUGUCAUUCCCUGUGCUGGGACUACACAUUCCUGAUGAGACACAAGCUCUGAAUCCACCUCAGAAAGGGCUGACCUGCAAGUCCAAGUUGUUAACACCUCAGUUCUGCUUUUGCUUCCCUCAGCACAGUGCCCCAGCUUAUGCUGCUCACCUUAGCUGGAUGAGUGCAUACAUCUGCAACAGUUCACCCAAGGAAUAAGUUUUAAAUGUGGAGUAAAAACCUUGAAAAUACAUCCUUGGGUUAAGAGUCUGGAUGGCUCUUGAGCUAGUGAGAAACCUGCAUCUCCUUGGAGUCUGCAGACUUGUGGCAAUCUGACAACAACUUUCCCAGAGGAGAAAAUAGAAAUGUCUUUUCUCAGUUGCAGAUUUCAGCUCAGGUAAAUUCUAUCCCUGGCAGUUUCUCCUUGUGUCUAUUCCCCCUGCCCUUUUUUGAUCUCUCCCUGUCAUCCUGUGCCAUUAGCUGCUACAUUGCACAACAGAUGUGGCUGCUGCAUUGCAGCACUGGGAAUGAGAUGAUCUCUUUAUGUAGGAGAUGGUUUGGUGUGGGGGAUUUUAUUUUUUUUUCCCUCCACCCUGGUGUCAUUUUGUAAAAGCACUUUUGAGAUGAGAGGAAAUGCAGAAUGCAUUGUAGAAGGUUGUCUUGAAUUUGAAACAAAGCAGAGAGAACAAGUUGUAAAAUAAUAUGAAGUCACUCCGUUAACAGGGGGAUGGUUGCACCCUGCUCUUUAAUAAAGGAAAAUAAACAUUUGUUAUUAACCUCUU